AGCUACCCUCUUCCGUGACACCUCUGUUACUUCAAAUACCUCCAGUGUCUGCAGAAAGAGGGAUGCCGAGGCUCGUUUUGUGUUAAAUUAACGCGUUAAAUCCAGUAUGGAGAGAUGAAUUCCGGCCUGUUUACGUAAAGAAGUGGCGGGAUGAUGUUUGCUGUUGACUGAAGUCCAAACCAAGAACCAAAAUGAAGAGGAGACUGCUUCAAGGUUUCCUGUCGGAAAUCUCCGUCCGGUUUGCUCUUCUGUUUGUGUUCCUCGUGACGGAGCAGCUCCCUCCUUUCUACCGGGAGAUCCAGGCCGAGGAAAUGUGGCUGUACAAGUUCCACCGCGUGGAGUCAGACCACGUACCAACCUCUCUCAUGUUUAGUGUGGCUGUUUUAACCCCCAUGAUUAUAAUCCUGGUUUUUAACCUGUUGAGAAAGUCGGAGCAUGGCGAUCUGAGAGAAGCGUCUCUUGCUGUGACUCUGACUCUGGUGCUCAAUGGAGUUUUUACCAACGUCAUCAAACUUGUUGUUGGCAGGCCGAGGCCAGAUUUCUUCUAUCGCUGUUUCCCGGACGGUCAGAUGAACUUGGAGCUGCGCUGCAGCGGUGACCCAGAUGUUGUCAUAGAGGGACGAAAAAGCUUUCCCAGCGGACACUCCUCCUUUGCUUUUGCAGGUUUGGGUUUCACAGCGCUGUACAUCGCAGGAAAGCUGCGCUGCUUCAGUCCGGCUGGCCAAGGCAGAGCAUGGCGGCUAUGUGCCUUCCUCACGCCUUUGCUCAUCGCAGCUGUAAUCGCUCUUUCCAGAACCUGUGACUACAAGCACCACUGGCAAGAUGUGUUAGUCGGGUCCAUGUUGGGUCUGGCCUUCGCCUGGCUCUGCUACAGGCAGCACUUUCCUCCGCUUCAGGACCCGGACUCCCACAAACCGAUCCGUCAGAGAGAGACUGUUCCCGCGGCGCAGGAGCGCAAGUUGGCCAACUCCAACUUCCUCCUGCCUCUGUAGAGCCGCUGCGACCUGAACACUUCCCACGGGAUUACAAGGAGAUCUGUGGAAUUACGGUUUUCAAAAUGGUUGGGAUGGAAACUUUGUUAGUGUUUAUAUUUAUUGUUGGUUAUUACUGCUGCAGCUUUUGAAGUUUCUAUGAUUGUGAAUGAAUGAAUUACCAAAUCAUUAACAGUUCUAAUUAGGCAAACUGAUAAGUAUCAUAACAUACCGGGUAUUUUAGUUUCAUGGUUCGACUUGAGUCUCCACCUGGCCCAGUACUGUGCCUUUAGGUUACAGCAAUUGAGACAAUUUAACUACACAACCACUGCUUAGCUGCGUUAGCCAUUAUUGGGUGACUUGAUUGUUUAUCUUGCAACUUUUUAAAAAAGCAGGUAUGCAGACACUAGAUCUAAUUUAUUUCCAUUAGUCUUUAUUCUUGACUGAAUAGAAGAUUUGUGGUUUUAAAGGUUUGUUCCAUUGCAAAGCAGAUCUUUUGAAUCUACUUCAGUGGUCUUCUGGUAUUGAAGUGGUCACAACACUGCAAAAACACAAAAACUUACCAAGUAUUUUUGAUCUAGUUUCCAAUCAGAUAUCUUAGUGAAAUAAGACUAAACUAACUUGCAAGUAACUUUUCAGCUACAUAUAGGAACUUGUUUUCAAUAAAUAAUCGCUUAAUAUUGAUGAAAAAUACUAGUUCCACUGGAGGAUUAUUUCUUAUAAUAAAAUAUUUUUUCCAUGCUAUAAGUCAAAUAAUUGACCAGUGGAAUUAGUAUAUUUUUUUAUCAAUAAUAAGGAAUUAUUGAUUUAAAAGAAGCUCCUAUAUCUUGCUAAAAAGUUACUUGUAAGAUAGUUUUGACUUAUUUCAAGUAUACUAUGAUAUCUAGACAAAAUAAUUCUUAAGAUUUGGUGUUUUUGUAGUGAUCAGAAACAUUACGCUCAGAUUUUUCUUUGUUCAUCAUUUUUGACUCAAAGUAGCCAAAGCACAACCCUGAAACUUUGCAGGAUAUUGCCAACUUUUUGUGAAAGUAUUUAUUUAUAUAUAAUUUUGCUUUGGAGGACAGCGACAUGCUGUAAAUUGAUCUAGAAGAAACUGGGACCUUUUAAGCUAGCGUUUUCCACAUCCUCUCAUAUACUGUAUAUAUAUCUCAUUUUGAUCAAAUUUUCCAAAAAAAAAUUUCUGUUCAGGUUUGUUACUUUAACACAAAGAUAAUGUUUGUAAAGCCUUUUUCUUGAAUUUCAAUAGGGCAGUGAUUUGUCCAGUGAGGAUUUCCAGGAGAAAUGCAGUGAAAUGUCAUCUUCUUCAUUUAGCUCAGACAUAGAGAAAGGAAGAAUUAUCAUUAAAGUAAAGCAUUUUCUUUCUUUAUUAGCUUAAAGCUCAUCAAAAACAUCUCCAAUCACAUUAACGGUCCGGCUGUUUACUCCCCGUUCUGUAUUGAAUUAUUGAUUUUUGUAUUCCUCGAGUAAAACUGUUCUAACGAAAUAAUGCUUUUGUUGGGAGAGGAAAAAUCCAUCCUUUUUAUCUUUGUUUAUUUCCCCAGUGCUCAACCUGUUGACAUAUCCCCAUUGAAAAUUACCACAAUCAGUCAUUAUUGUUUUUUUAUUAUUACUAUCAGUCAUAGAUUAGCAGGUUUAUGAAUAGGACUGUUACAGAUAAGGACAUGUAUCUGCUUAGAAAAGCAGUGAAAGGAAAAUCAUGAUUUAUGUUUCAUACUUUUUUUAUGUUCAUUUGCUCUGUGAUAUGAUAUUGUUAAGUGAAAACUUAGUGUAAACAGAGCUGAAUUAUAGGGAUCAUUUCAUGUGAAAAAGAAGAGAAAUGGGAGGAAAGUAAGUGGGAGUAAUUUUAGUAGUUUGUUUCCUUCAAAGGUAGAUUUGUGAUUUAGAUAGCACAGCGUUUUGACUGUUAGAUUUAUGCAGAUUUUAUUCCUUGAGGCUUAAGCCGCAAAAGUUGUUGGUUUCUUGAAUAAUUGAUGACUCAAAAUUAGUCGCACUGUUUUAUUAUCCAUUCGUUUUGUUAAAAGCUUAAUUACAGCUUCGUCAGCAGGACUCGUUUAUUGCUGCCUUUGUUUGUGUUGCUUUAAAUCUUUCUGUUUUGCUUUAGUAUUUCUUGAAUGCUUGCCAUUCACUGUUAGGUUGUUUGUGUUUAAUCUCUGGCUUCAUGUGCCAAACUCUUAGUACAACAAGCAAAUGUAGCAGCACCACGCUGUGCUUCAGAGUUACUAUAGUGCCUGCUGUACUUUAACUUUAGUCUCUGCUAUAGCUGAACAGCCCAAUGGAUCAUAUUGUUACAGGGUUUUAUGACUGUAAAGGGACUGUAAGGGAAACCUUCCCUUGUUUCAGUGAAUCUAACACUUACUGUAACUGUGGUUUUUGUUGACAGCUGGUUUUAUGAAUGAAUUGUGGGGGGUUUUCUUGAAGCCGAAGAGAAACGCUCCAUGAGUUCGUUUUUGGUAGUAGGCAUGGGUCGGAAAAUUUGCAUAAUGUGAUAACUUUAUGCAAAAAUACUACAAUUUCACUGUAAUAAACCAGAAUCUAACACAAAAAAAUUAAUUAUGAUCUGUUUUCUUAAUAUUUAAAAAGAAAAAGAACAAUUAAUAGUCCUGCUGAAAUGUUGAAUAAAAAAAUUUAGUAGGGAUUUUCAAGUAAAUGUGCCUACACAUUUUUGCAGGGUAAACUUAGUCAAGCUAUCUGCUCUGGGGCUAAUUAGUUGGUUUCCACACUGCAAAAAUCAGUUUUUAUUUUGGUGUUUGUUGCAACCAGAGAAAUGUUUUGAUUUUCUUCUAUAGAUGUAGCUUUCCUUCAGCUAGCUGACUGGCAGUGCAAAGCAACAGGUUGGAGAGGGGCAGAACUGAGUUAUUCCAUCUGCUCCAGCACGUUCUCUGACUUCUCACUCAAAUAAUCAGUUUUUAACCUUUUUUUUCCUUAACCUCUGCAUAGCUUGAUACCACUAGCCGACCCAUGCCUACUUGGUAGUGACUGUGGAACCAGAUCUUUGUACUGGACCCGACAGAGGUUGAACCUCUCCUGCUGGUCAGGUGCUGCAAAAAGCCAAAAUGAAAAUCUCACUUCUCAUCUACUUUAGUUUUUCAAAAAAGGAAACUGUUUACCUGUGUUUUGUUUUUUUUUGCUUCGUUUUGUCCAGUUUUACUGUUACUUUUAUUAUUUUUCUGUAACGUUUUUGUGCUGUUGCUUAAUUUUGCUCGAGAUGUCAUCCUUUCUGUUACUCUACUCAUUGUAUUUCUUGUGUUGGACCUUUUGUUACAAUCUGUGUAAAACCAGCCAAAGUUUGCAGGUUCAGAGCACGUCUGUGAGAAUCACAGCACUCCGAUCAGACUUGUCAGAAAAUGAGUGACUUUGUGCCUUUGUUUACCGCGUUACUUUACAGAUCCACGCCUCGCACCAUGAGCUCACCCUGGUAUUUUACAUGUACAGAACUCUGUGUUUCCAUGUGGCAUGCUGCCUUUCUUUACCUCAGUACAAAAAUGUUCAAGUGUUAUUUUUGAUGGAGUCAAACGUGAAUGUCCUAACGUUAGAGGGACACCUGGUGGACAAACCUCACUUUCAGACCUUAAAUCGAAAUACUAGCAUAUUUAAUUUCAUGGAAUGUUUGACUUUACUUGAAAUUUUAUUUUUUUUUACAUGUGGUGAUUAUUAAAUUAAGAUUCAUAUUCUAGGGCACUUUGGUUUUAUAUGUUAGGCUUGAUUUUGAUAAAAUUGCGCAUGUUUUACAGUUAAACAGCAUCUAAUUUAACUCACGGCUCCCGUCCAUUUGUUAGGCUUCUUGUGGUUUACAGUUCAUGUUUUUUGUAUCGGGUCAAUGCAAAAAGGAUUAUUCAUAGAACUGCUUGUUAGCUUUAGAAUCACAGCCACAUGUAGCUGCUCAUUCUGAGAUGAUGUCCUGAUUUUUGUUUUAAAAUUUUUUUUUCUCCAUGUUGUGAUGCUUGAACACUUUACUGUGUUGGGGGAAUGUUCCUGGUGUUUGCAUAUUUUCUUUCUUGGUAAUUAACUGAAAAUUAAAACCAGAGAUGCAUCUUCUACAAAAA